UGGCGACUUCCCGGAGGACGACGACGCGCAGGACGUGAAGAUGUCCUUCCCGGCAUGACGUCCGUCAUGUUGCCGUCGGCGGAGAAACGGCCACGGGCUGGGAAAGGAAAGGAACCUGCGUACGAUCCACGCAUGCCCCCGCCUCCCGUACCAGGCAAAGUGCAGCCUGCGCCGGCGCCGCUCACGCCCGAGAGCAUCUCCCGCCCUCGGCCUCGAGCUCGCAGACGGUUGAGUUACCCAUGGUGGACGCGUCGUCUGCGUCUACGUCCGCGCCCGCGGAUGCUCCGAGCAUCGUAUAUCUGCAGCAGACUCUGGAUCCGCGCUGCGGAUCUGGAGGGAGAAGACUUUGCGAUGGACGUAUCGAAUGACGCCGGUCCGUCGAACAUGGACCUCGACUAUGGGUUCAUGAACUCCAUGAACUCGAACCCUUUGGAGCUGAUGACAUGGAAUCGGGUGGACUGGCUCCAACAACAGGCCCUGGACGACGCCUUCAUCGGCGCAAACGCCAAUGCUACGGGGGAGCCGGGCGUGUACGAACUUGCGCCAGUCCAGAUGGCGGAGCUCAACGUGUUCCCGCCGCCGGGCGCGAACCUCGAGAUCGGCGUCAUGACCGGGCCACUGCGCACCGCCGCACCCGAGGAAGUCUCCGUGUUCGCGGAGCUGCUCGAUGGGCUCGACUGGACGAACAUGCCUGGAGGAAGCGGAGACGGGAUGGAUAUGGAUAUUGGGUUCGACGCGAACCCGAUGCAGGAGCAGCCGCGGAGCGUUACGCAGAACGACCUUCUCCAACAGUUCUUCAAUCUGAACCAGCUGGCUGACGGGGACGACGACAGUCAAGAUGGCGACCCGUCCACAUCUUCCGCUCAGCUGCAGACAGCUGUGACCGCCGCGCCUGCCCCAGUCCCUGCUCGAUCCACACCUCCGCCAACUUCUGCGCCGUCAGGUACUGGAUACACCCGCCGUCCGGGGCAGCCAACUUCACAAAACGGCGCGUAG